AUGGCGGCGAGGAGCGAGAACGAGUCGGACGGCGACGUGGGCACCAAUCCCGCCGAGGGGGGCUCGUCCCUGUCCCUGCCGCCUCUAGCUGCCGGACCAGCCGUAUGCGUCCUCCGGUCCGCCGGGGACUUCGCCGGCGGCGCCUUCGUCGGAUCUAUCUUUGGAUAUGGACAAGGUUUGCUAUCUAAGAAGGGCUUGAAGGGCUCACUCGGCAAUGCAGGGUCUUCUGCCAAAAGUUUUGCAGUUCUUUCUGGCGUCCAGAGUUUGGUUUUGUGCUUGUUGAGGAAGCUGCGUGGGAAAGAUGAUAUCAUCAACUCUGGCAUUGCUGGGUGUUGCACAGGUCUUGCUUUGAGUUUUCCAGGUACAUUCACAUUGAACUAA